AUGGGCGGUUGUUGUGGUAAAGGACAAGAAGAAGCACCUCAGGAACAGCCUCAAGAGGGACAGACAGCCGAAGGAGAAGCUGCAGCGCAACCGACAGGUUCUCAACAGGGAGAGCAACCACCAGCACAACCAUUGGUUGCCCCUCAAGAAGGACCGCCUGCGGCGCCGUCGAAAUCAGGCUCUAAGGUCGCUCCGUCGGCCACGUCGGCCGCGUCGGCUGCGUCGGCGACUUCGGGUACCGGUGCGGGUUCAGUGUUCAGCAAUACAUCGCCUCAAUCGUCAUCAGCCGGUAAUUCAAUGGGCGGUUCGAAUGUCGGAUCUACCAUAUCAUCGAUGAAAUCGCAGAGAAGUGCAUUGCAACCCAAUGCUAGCUCAACCAAAGGCGCGUCGGGAACUGGAUCUGCGACCGGAUCACAAGUGGCUAAUUCCAGUGCUGGUUCAAAGGCCGGAUCGGCUGUCGGCUCUAAAGCAGCUCCGGGAUCAGCCACAGCUGGCUCUAAGACUGGCUCAAAAGUGGGUUCACAAGCGGCACCCGUAGGUUCUGCGACUUCACCUGCUCUCCCACGAAGUGCAUCGGGUUCCAAGACAGGUGCCACUCCUGGUUCAGCUACCGGUGCAGCGGCUAGUGGUUCAAAAACUGGAGCUACUCCCGGUUCAGCUACCGGUGCAGCAGCUAGCGGUUCAAAAACUGGUGCACCGCCUGCGCCUCCCGGUUCGACAACCGCUACUUCGACGGCUGGAUCAAAGACUGGCGCCACCACUCCAUCCAAAUCGGGAUCAAAGACCACUUAA